AUGGCAUUCAAAUGGAACGACAGGGUGUUGGCUUGGAAGGGAAGGCAGAUGAGGUUCAAUGGUACAAUUAUUGCAGUGGGGAAAGUGAAGAAGUGGGUUGUUGUGUGCACGCCAAGCAGAAUAUGCUUUUAUGGUGACGAGGACAUGGCUCUAUCGAGGAGUGUAAGGAAAGCAGUGGUGAAGCCUGAGGGUGUUUACUACCAGGAGCAUGGAAGUGGGCGAAUAAUGUUGCUCAUGCAUCCUUUAGAACCGGAAAAGCAUGUAUUUUUCCAGCAUGGAUAUGCUUUGAAGGAGGUUGUUUCUGGAGUGCUAGUUCUUGAGGGUGAUGGAAGAUACCUAUUGAAAUACACUCGGAAUACUGUUUUAAAUGGCGAUUGUGCAGAUAAAGGCGAUGUAGAAGCAUGCGAAGAUGAUCAAAGUGCAGUAUGUGAUGAAUUCGAUGAUGAUCAAAGCAUGGAUAUGAUGGUGAUAGGCAUUUGUGAAGAUGCGAUGAAUAGUAGCAUUGAUCGCUACGAAGAGCAUUCAAAUCGCAAAGGGCUCCUGGUCCGCAUUGUUGAGUACACUGGACUUUUGGUUGGGAUAUGCAUGAACUAUGCAGUGUUUAUAAAGCUAGGAAGGUAUUGCGGAGGAGUUAAGAGAAGCAAGCAGAAGAGUGAGGCAAGCAUCAGGUUUGACAGAGAUGUGAGCUGUGUGGUGAAGUAUAGGAAGCAUGUGCAUGGCUUUGGCGAGAUUGUGUUUCUUAGAAUCAAUGAGAUGCUGUUUCUUGGGAAUGAGGUAGUUUGCCGAGCAAUUGACGAUGAGAUGUGGCCGAUACCGAAGGAGGAUGCGGAAUGGAAUCAAGAAUACCAUGCCCCGUUCUGGAGCGGAAUAAGUGAUUUGGAAAUGUGCACUGUGAUGUGUUUUCCACCGCAUGUGCAGCGAGAGUUCUUUGGGGUAUUCUUUGCGAGUGGCAAAAAAGUGUUUGAGCAGCUUGUGCCGAGUGAAGAGGUAUUGGAUCGAGUAGACAAGGUGCUGUGGAGAUGGAUGAUUAGAUGCAAGAGUGUGUGGGAGUUUAUGAAUGCAGGAGUGCCAUGCUUUGAAAAGUCUUUGGCUCUGCAGAAGUGCAAGGAACUGAUUGAGUAUUCUCAAGGAUGCCUGGGGAUAGCCAAAAAGGAUGUGAUGGAGAUAUCAUACAGGAGGAUAAUAAGAUGCGACACUAGCCUAGUUGAGUCUGUGAGCUACUCAAAGGUGAUGAAUCUUGCAUAUAAGAUUGUAUUUCUGGAGAAGAAGAAUGAGGAAAGGCGAAGAAGCAUGUGCAUGAAGAAUGCAAAGAGACUGAUGAGUGGGAUGCGUAAAUUCUUUGGGGAUCCAAGGAUGGACGAGGUGUUUCUGCUGUUUAAUGAAGAGCCAAAGGUUUUUGAGAUUGGCAACGAUGGGAUUGAUGGAUGUGGAGAGAGGGGAUAUGCGAUUAGGAUGGCAUCAAGUGCUGGAAGGGCGUAUAUGUUCUAUGGAAGUGGGAUGACAGAUCGUAGAAAUGCAAGCAAGCAGCUGUGUUUCCCAAUAUAUAGAAACGAAGAGCUGGGAACGAUUGACAUCAAGGAUGCAGGAUGGAUGGACUGGCCGCAAUUUAGUUAUUCGGUGUAUAGAGUUUGUGGGUAUGCCAUGCUUGAAGCAGAGACCGGCGAUUUUUUUGAGUCAAGAAUGAACCGAUUUGUGAAUUCAGUAGGGGAAGAAUCUGCAUGUGCAGCAAGCGAGUUUUUGUUUGCAGGGGAGGUUUUUGGAUAUGGUGUGUGUGGAAGAUUGAAGGGAAUGCCUGUGCAAAAAGUUGUAGAGUUUGUUAUGUCUAGAUAUGCCAUUCUAUCGAUGGCGAUUCUUGCAGGUGUUGGAGUCAGCAACAUGGGUAAAAGAGAUGAUGCAUAUGGAAGGAUGUACUUGCAUUAUCUAAGAGCACCACAGCCGCUGUGCAUACACGCAGGAUGUGUUGUAGGCCUUGGGAUGAUGUAUGCAGCGAGUGGAAAUGUGCUUGUCAGAGACACACUGGUAGCUGAGGCAAAUAGGUAUGGAGUUUUUGACCAUGAGCAGUACAACAAGGGCAACAAGGUUUGGUAUGAUUAUGGAUACCGAGUAUUGGCAUCAUUGAGUAUUGCAAUGGUGAGUCUAAAUGCAGGGAUGGAGGCAUUUAGGUUUGUAAAGCUUGAAGAUAAGCUAUGCGAGCUGCUUGCAAAUGGAAUAGUUCUAUUUGGAAGCAGGCAGCGGCGAUUCGCAAAGAGACUAGAGCGAUCGGAUAUGUGCAGGCCUGAAGAGGUGUUUUAUUCCGAGGUGUUUUCGCUUGGGCUGAUGAUGGAGGAUGAGAUAGGCAAUGUUGUUGAGGAUGUUGAGAAACGCCUUGCAGACAAGAAGUGUGUUCAUAAUGUUCAUCAGCUGUACAGGAUAGCAGGAAGGGUGUUCUAUGUGGCUGUGUACAUGCUGUAUAGAAAUGAAUGCGAAUGCAAUGGAAAAGUGUUUGAGAGAUUGAAGGCGGUGUGCUUAAGAACCGAAGAGGAGAUGAAAAGGAAUAUGGAGCUAAAGGUGGUGUUUGACUUCUGUGUUGUGUCGCUGUCCUUGAUGGCGAACUCAUCGUGCAAUCUUGAGAUGGUCAGGAUUCUCCGCAGGCGGAUCAAGAUGAUGGAGAAGGAGGAAGGGAUGUGUGAGAGAAGCGACUUUUUCUUCAGCUCGAGCGGGUGGAAGCAAGAGAAACAGUUUUCGAUCAGGUAUGGCGAUGUAGAACUGUACAAGCUGUGCCUGGGAAUAGUUACCUGUGGGCUGGGGUCUUACAAGAUAUGUGGCACAUCCCAUGCUGUGCUUGAUGCCGUUUCGACAUUUUUCAUUAACUUUCCAAUAGCAACAGCUGAUCAGGAGUAUUUCUGGAUGGUAAGGUAUUUCCUGCUGCUAUCGAUGAAAGAAAACCUAUGUGGAUUCAAAUACACAACGAGAUAUGCGAAGCUGUGCAGCAAGAGUGGCAAAAACAGGGAGAUGGCUGACAUGUCAACAAUCAACGGGAUGUUUGCUAAACAGUAUGCAGAGGCAUCAGAUGCGGACAAAAAGUUUAUAAUUGAUGUGCUGACUGACUUCUACGAGGUGCACGGCGCGGACGGUAGACUGCUGUCCGUGGAAAUGCUAAAGAAUAUGGCAUGCAGGAUGUCCUGA